AUGGCGGGAGAAACACGUACGCUGCAAGCUCAGCUUGAUGGCUAUGCAGUUGGCAUGCAGCUGGACGAUGGAUUUGGCCACCAGGGAAAUGCAUCGAACCCCCAUUUCAUUCUUUCUGGUCCCGGUGGGCAACCAACCCCCAAUGGUAAUAGACCAUUGGCCCCUGCGACAGACCCAGUGUCUUCAUCAGAAGGAAACCCCUCCGGCCGUAAGCGCAAACGGGGUAAUCCAAAUGUGGACCCAGCUAUCACAGGAAAUCCGACAUUCGUGACCAACGAUGGCAAUGGUGGCGACCACGGGUCAGCAAACGCAGGUGGAAUAGCCAUCAGAGACCUUCCACCCCAGCAGGCCAUUUCCAAUGCACGAGCGGCUGGAGUGCAUUCUGCUGUCGCACUCUUUCGACAGCCUUCAGCAACGAGUAAAAAGUAUACCCGCCCUCCAAUGUCGAAACUUUUCGCAUCGUUGGAACUGUCCCCUGAAAAUUUUCUCCACCUGCAAGCCGCUGCUAAAGCUUACAUGCUCGACGAUAACCACCCUGAACGGCGCGAUUGCGUUGGCCAGCGUGGCAAAGGAGAUACAGAAAUGGUAAGGCUGAGACUUUGGAACUGUGUUAGCGAGUUUCUGGACAAGGAAGGGAACGGGUCACGAUUUUUCGGAGAAAAUGUUACCAGUGAGGGCAUGGGGCCCCGCCAAAUGAUUUGGCCGCGAGACGACCAAAAGAUAAUAUCUUUAAUGAUGCCCCUCCUUAGACGGAUGGUAACAAAUGAACGCCAGCGCCAAUACGCAAUUGAGACGAGAAAAGGCGGUGGUUCGGAGGACAAAAAGCGAAAGCAAGGAGAGCACGGAGCGCCAAGUACAACGCCCUCUGCACACCCAGUUCAAUUCGAACAGUCGCCCGACACUGGCAUUGGGAUGCUUGACCUUCUAGCUAGUGGAUAUCCCUCAGAUUGGGAGUCAAUCACACAUUCCUACAACUCUUACAAUCAAGAUUACCAGUUAGAUAACCUUGGUGUUAUAUCUGGACUCCCUCAGCCAGAUUGGCUGGGGCUUGUGGCUGCUGUUGAUUGCCAUUACCAGAUUGAUCAUCAUGGAAACGGCGCAGAGUGCGAUCGGGCUUGCCAAGAUGACAUGGUCAACCACAUUGUAUCAGCAGACAGCGUUUCACACGCAAACUGGCGAAUUGGUGGACAAGGUGAUAACCUUGCGGCACGGACUUAUUUUGCGUCUGGGAUAACUCGGGAUGUAUCAGACAUCAUCAAAGGGAGUCUUACCAAUCGCUCCCACCAUGACCCGAAGCUGACGCCUUCGGCGACAUUUUCAGAGCGAACUUCCGAACCUUUCUCUCAGGCACAGCCGGGAUUAACCACACUCGCACCAGCCGCCCAUUCUAUCCAGGCUCCAAAGCAAGGUGAAAUGAAAAUCUCGAGUUCAGUGAAGCUUCUAAUUAACAUUGUGCAAAAUGGGGACGAUAAACGUGUGCUGCCUCGCCUCGAGCUCCCAUGCAAUCCCAAUGCUGGAUUCUCAAUGCUUUUAAAAAAUGUACAGCAAUAUUACCAGCAGCAUCAACAGUCUCUCGCUCCUCAAAUGCUGCCCAAUCUCCAUGUAAAAGUGUGGCUUAAAGACGGCUUGACUCCUGUCACAAACGAUGAGGAAUGGAUUGCUUCUUUGAUGGCGGCGCAUAUGGUGGAUUGGAUGGACGGGGAGCUGCGGAUCAUCAUUGAUGCAGGUGGCGGCAACGUUUAA